UUACUAAUAUAGGAUCUGACUAAGAUUAGAUAUGAUGUACAAAAAGGUACAAAUGAGGACUGUGGAAAACUCGUAAAACAACGGCAGUUCCAGCUGUUUCCUGAUAACAAAUGACAUUUUAUUAGUCGUCUGCAUUGUUGGGUAUAGCGAUGAGUAACCAUGUGGUGUUUCAUAAGCGAGUCUCCGUACAUUGUCAGGGAGUAUCACCUACCGAAACAUUCUCAUGGACAAAUUUUGAUGGACAAGGUAUGUGAUGAUGUGGGGUUGAUUGAGAGGGAGUAUUUCGGUCUUCGUUACCGUUCUAAGAAUGGUGAGUUACUCUGGCUGAACCUGCGCAAUCCUCUCAACCUACAGCUCAAUACUAAGCCACCGCAUCGACUCAGUCUUCAGGUCAAGUUCUUUGUCUCGCCUCAGGAGCUCCAACAGACAAUCAGCAGGCAUGUGUACUAUAUGACACUGAAGAAUCGACUGCUACAGAGUCAUUACAAAGUAGAUGAUUCUGAGAGGCUUGAGCUGUGUGUCCUAAUGGCACAGGCAGAGUUAGGCAACGAUGACGUCAUCAUGGAUUCACAGUAUCAGUGCAUCUUGCCUGAACUGAGCGAGCACAAACUCCUCCAAGUCAAGGAGACCCACAAGAAUGCUGAGACGGAGCUGACCAAGUCGCAAUCGGAGAUUCAGUUCAUCAAUAAGAUCAGCAAGUUGCCAGGGUACGGCGUGGAGUACUUUGCCGCCGAGACCAUGGACCGGACCAAGGUGGUGAUUGGGGUUCACAGCGGAGGGCUGCAGAUACUCAGCCAAGAGAGAGAAAUCAUCAACAAUAUCAAGUUUGAGGAUAUCAGCAAAGUCUCCUAUCAUCAGAACCGUUUCUCCGUUCACUUCUACUCUCCCUCAGAGGAGGUGAAUGAGGAUGACGUUGUGUCCAUCCACAAGUUCCGUCUGACUUCCAGGAAGAGCGCCCAGGCCCUCUUCAGAGCCUUCACAGAGUCUCAUACAUUUUUCCGAUGUGAGAACGUUGAGCGUGUGGUACGUCAGCAACAUUCCCACACUGGUUGGGGCUCACUCCUAGCUCUCUUCCGACCUCACACCAAUUAUGGCAAGAUCUAUCGGUUUGACAUCACCAAGACACGCCGACAGACGUACGACAACGCCUGGCACUACCUCCAUCAUGAUAGCAGUCCACCGCCGCAACGCUUCUCAGUGGAGCUGGAUACUCAUCUUGCCAACCACCAGCCUUACUCCACCCAGACCCUGCGCAGUACCCACUCUCAGGAGAUCAUGCUGAGCCGCCAACCCUCAAGAGCCAGCGAGCUCAGAUUGCUGCCGAUCAAAUCCCACAGGGAGGUGAACCAUUCAAACGAUACAACACCAGAGGGGACACUCAGAAGAAAGGGAAGUAACGAUGGUCCCAGCCGACCUGAUACCACUGAGGCUGAGCUGGUCAACUCACUCCAGGAUGAACUCGCCAACAUUCGCGACUCCCACAUGUGCCAGGUCUGUCUGGAACGUGACAUGGCCACUGUCUUCUGCCCGUGUGGUCACAUGAUCUGCUGCGAGCGUUGUUCCCCCGAAUGCUUCCGCUGUCCGGUCUGUCGCGCCGACGUGGCUUACGUACAAAGAGUCUUCUUUUCCUAAGUCUCCAAUUUUUGUAUCCUUUUAUUUUUCCCUGCCAUUUUUGUUUCAGGGCCGCAUUGUGUUACGUGAGUUGGUAUGCAACGUGAAUCUAUGCAAACUGUAGAGCAGUGUUUUAGGAAAUAAAGAUUGUAGUAUAUAUUUGAUGCAGAGCAUUCAGAGAGUCGGCCUAUACUGCUUCUGUAAUGAGUCAUUAAAGUCAAUGUAUUUCUACACCACCUGAAAAGAUUUUGGAUCCAAAUUGCAUCCAGUGAAUUUGGUUAUUAUUUUCUUGUGAGGGCAAAUUAUUUGAGUGUGUUGGUCAAAAUUGCAAGCCAUGUAUUUCUGAGAAUGUAUAUUUCAUUUUUUUUUGUAAAGUUGCUAUUUGCAGAAUGAUCAAAUUUCAUGAAAUGUCAUGGGGAAUUUUGAUAUGAAAAUUGUUCGAAAUUCUUUGAAAUUUCAUGAAACUAAUUCCAACACUCAUUACAUUCAUGGCACUCUUA